AUGGCCGAUUCGUCAUCAUUAGUUGAGGUCGAUGACCCCGGGGUACCUUCAAUCGAUUGGCGUUUCUCUCUUGGCAAUCCAGCAAACGCUAGUCAUGUAGACUUCCGUCCUCAAACACCCAAGGGCAGCUUCAAAAGGAACAAUAAAGCCUCUUGGCGACCUCAGGUGACAGUAAUCGGCGACAAUUUGGCCGUGAAUCUCACCUGGCCCUCGCUUAAGGACCCCGAGAGCCAGCUCAGUCACUACCGCAUUCAAUUUCGUCACCGAGAACCUCAUGAAGUUAAAUGGGCUCGACCGUUUGUCGUGGUACAAACUCGGCUCUCAGGCAGAGUUGCGGAGCCAUACAUCUACGUGACAAACAAGCAGCCAGGCGGACUGGAGGCUGGAAAGGUCUACCAAUUUCAAGUUGUCGCAGUCUACCUCGAUGCUGAGACUUCAGAAGAGAAGAGUCGCUGGUCUUCCACUCUCUCCUUCGACUACAUUUCCCCUGAACCUCCACUCUUUCGAGUCGCUCGACGAUUGCCCGAUGGAACCGUCCACAUCAAGUGGUCACGACCCUGGCGAAACGAGGACUUUAAAAUCACCCGCUUCAUCAUUCUAUUCCGCAAAGAGAAACGUUUACCUGGUGGAGAAACCGCCUUUCAUGGCUUUCAACACAUCACCGUUCCUGGAAACCUUGAAGUCAUGUAG